AGCUCAUCAUCGGCAGCAAAAAACACCAACAGCAUCAGGAGAAACAACAAAUACACCAACUUAUUCGGAAGAAAAAUUGACUUAAUUCCUCUGUUGUUGGUCCAACCGUUUGCGCCGUUAGAGACAGCCCGGCUUGCCCACGACACAAGAGCAACAACACACUGAAGCGGAAAGAGAGAGAGAGAGAGAGAGAGAGAGAGAGUGAGAAGUGUUUCUUUGUGCGUGCGUUAAAGGUCGCACUCUCCUCCCACUCACCUUCACCACCUGAAGUUCUGGGCAGACACUCAUCCCGAAGAUCGGACAAAGAGGAACGAACAAGACAAAUCACACGGCAAGAUGUUCAUCGAAGAUGAUGCGCAAAUGGACAGCUUCUGGGUGCAGAGCGCAAUUGGCGCGAUCAAGGCGAUCGCAUUCGUGUAUGAUAUCAUAACCCUGCCGGUGUACUUGGUCCUGCAGAAGCCAUGGAAACGCCGACAGGACUCGCGACGUGUGAAGGCAAAGCCCAUUAACCAGAAAAUGUUGGUCGAUGAGUCCAAGUACGCGCCGGAUGACAUUGAGGCCAAGAUCAUCAAGAAUGAUGAGCACGAGCUGACAUACCGGACCACGGAUCCGCCCCGCGAUGUGCACGUGAAAAUGCUGCAGGAGAACAUCGACACGCUGGAGAAGGUCUUCAAUUACGUGGCGAAGACGCACUCGAGCAAGCGCUGUCUGGGAACGAGGCAGAUCCUCAGCGAGGAGGACGAGGUGCAGCCAAACGGACGUGUCUUCAAAAAGUACAACAUGGGCGACUACAAGUGGAGGACCUUCACCGAGGCGGAGCGCCAGGCGGCCAACUUUGGACGUGGCCUGCGAGAGCUUGGACAGAAACCGCGGGAGAAUAUUGUUAUUUUUGCGGAGACACGUGCCGAGUGGAUGGUGGCUGCCCAUGGCUGCUUUAAGCAAGCCAUGCCCAUAGUCACCGUCUACGCCACCCUGGGAGACGAGGGUGUGGCCCACUGCAUCAGCGAAACGGAAGUCACCACGGUUAUCACCUCGCACGAUUUGCUGCCCAAGUUCAAGACUCUGCUGGCCCUGUGCCCCAAUGUGAACACCAUCAUCUAUAUGGAGGACCAGCUGCACAAGACGGAAACCACCGGCUUCAAGGAGGGCGUCAAGGUCUUGCCAUUCAAUCAGGUCGUCAAAAUAGGACAGGACAGCAAAUUUGAGAGUGUGCCACCCAAGGGCGAUGAUAUUGCAAUUAUAAUGUACACUUCCGGAUCAACUGGAACACCCAAGGGGGUUUUGCUGUCGCACAAGAACUGCAUUGCCACGAUGAAGGGCUUUGUCGACAUGGUGCCCAUCUAUCCAGAUGAUGUGCUGAUUGGCUUCCUGCCGCUGGCUCAUGUCUUCGAACUGGUGGCGGAGAGUGUCUGCCUGAUGACUGGCGUUUCCAUUGGCUACUCGACGCCGCUGACCCUCAUCGAUACGAGCAGCAAGAUCAGGCGGGGAUGCAAGGGCGAUGCCAGUGUCUUGAUGCCCACAUGCAUGACUUCGGUGCCACUGAUACUCGAUCGCAUCUCCAAGGGCAUCAACGACAAGGUCAAUUCAGGCUCGGCCUUCAGGAAAGCCCUCUUCAAAUUCCUCUACCAGUACAAAGUCAAAUGGAUACAGCGAGGCUACAAGACGCCCCUCAUUGACAAGUUGGUCUUCAAGAAGGUGGCUAAGCUGAUGGGCGGCAAGGUGCGCAUCAUUAUGUCUGGCGGAGCGCCACUCUCGGCGGAUACACACGAACAGAUCAAGACCUGCCUGUGUGUGGACUUGAUUCAGGGCUAUGGAUUGACAGAGACAACAUCGGGAGCCACUGUAAUGCAUGAGAGGGACAUGACCUAUGGACGCACUGGUGGACCAUUGACCGUGUGCGACAUUCGUCUGGUCAAUUGGGAGGAGGGAAACUAUCGCAUUACCAACAAACCCUACCCGCAGGGAGAGGUACUCAUCGGUGGCGACUGUGUGUCCCAGGGAUACUACAAGCUGCCCGGCAAGACCAAUGAGGAUUUCUUCGAGGAGGAUGGUAAACGCUGGUUCAAAACCGGCGACAUUGGCGAGGUGCAAACCGAUGGCGUACUUAAGAUAAUUGAUCGCAAGAAGGAUCUGGUUAAGCUGCAGGCCGGCGAAUACGUCUCUCUUGGCAAGGUCGAAUCGGAGCUGAAGACAUGCGGCAUCGUAGAGAACAUUUGCGUUUAUGGCGAUCCCACAAAGCAGUUCACCGUCGCGCUGGUCGUGCCUAACCAGAAGCAUCUGGAGGAUCUGGCCGAGCGUCACGGUCUGCAGAACAAUACUUAUGAGGAGCUGUGCUCGUCGCCUGUCAUUGAGAAGGCCAUACUCAAGGAGAUUGCCGAUCAUUCGCGGAAAUGCAAAUUGCAAAAGUUCGAGGUGCCCGCCGCCAUUACGCUGUGCAAGGAGGUCUGGUCACCGGACAUGGGCCUGGUGACGGCUGCCUUCAAGCUGAAGCGCAAGGAGAUCCAGGACAGAUAUCAGCACGAUAUUAACCGCAUGUACGCCUCAUGAAAGUCAAUGUACUAAAUACCAACCAGCAGCAAAAGCAACGACAACAACAACAACCAGCAUUAUGAAAGCUUGAGUGGAGGAGAUGCAACGAGGCACAGUACCUAGUACCACUACCACACACAGAGAGAGAGAGUCACCAACGACACGACGAUAAGCAUGCAUACCAAGUCCGAAAACCAAAUUAGCUCAAGAGCCGAAAGAUCUACAAGCCAAACCAGAAACACACCAGCCAAUGCGCAAUUUCUGCAUGCAAAGGGAGAGUUUUAAUUGAUAUGUGUAUAUUGUGUGUUUUCUUUGAUUUGAAUUGAUUUGUAUACUUGCUCUUAGCCUAAUAAUAAAGGGGAAAUCUUAGAAGCUGUUGGAUUUGGGUUGGCAGCAAUGCUUUGUGUCGGUGCUCAGAAUGCUGUUGAACAGAUUGACAAUGA